CUCUGAUGUCACAAAGUACACAAAGUUUAUUCAAUCCAAUUCAAUUUUAUUCAUGAAGUGCCAAAUCACAACAUAAUAUACGGGAUCUCUUUGUUUCAACUCACUCAACAUUAUGUGAACAGGAUGGACUUCGACAUUCAAUGUGAAAAGUCCCAGGUCAUGAGUACCCUUUCCUCCCCCUCCUCUCAAUACCUGGUGCAGUCCAUUUUGAAAGAGGGCUCCUAUGAAAAACUGACCAAAUGUGUCAAUAUAGCAACCAGGAAGACAGUGUAUUUGAAGAUACUCAACAGCAGAAGCGCCUUACCUGAGAAAGAGAAGGAGUUGCUCAUCCUCAAACACCUGAGGAAGUUCGAUCCAGACAACUUCAACAUUGUGAGAUGCAACAGUGUUUUCUUCAAGGCAGAGAAGAUUUUUAUUGAGUAUGAAAUGCUGGGCCAGACUCUGUUUGACUUCGUGAAGGACCGACCUUCCCAUUGCAUGACUUUGAAUGAAAUACGCCCAAUCCUGCAUCAGGUGGCCACUACUUUGCAACUCCUGAGACGCCUUGGAAUUGUACAUACGAAUCUUAAGACGGACAACAUCAUGUUGGUGAACCAUGCAAAUCAGCCAUUCAGGAUCAAAGUAUUUGACUUUGGCUCAGCCCUUUUCUCAACAUCAGAGUGGGCCGAAGGUAUCGCGCCGCUUCCCUACAGGUCUCCAGAGAUGAUCCUGGGACUUCCAGUUACAACAGCCAUAGACAUGUGGUCUCUGGGCUGCGUUGCUGCAGAGCUGUUCCUGGGCACCAGACUUAAUCCUGGAAGAUGUGAAUACGAAAUGUUACAACAUAUGGUGCAGACUCUGGGUCCGCACCAUAUGUUCCCACAGAAGAUGCUCAACGAUGGACUAAACACCAAGAGGUAUUUUCAGAGAGAGAAGAGCAGCACACCUCGAUGGAGAUUGAAGGACCCAAGUGAGUAUGGACAAACCAAACAGACCGGGAACUACUUCAAAUGCCUAGACAACAUACAAAAGUUAAAACCAGUCUGCCGUUUAUCAGAGGAGGACACCAGAGCAGAAUUCCAGGACCGGCAAGACUUUGGGGAUCUACUGAAGGGGAUGUUGCAUCUAGACUGUGACAAACGCAUCACACCUAGCCAGAUGUUUCAGCAUCCCUUCAUCACCAUUAAUUACCUUGCAAAGCGAUACCCCAACAGCUUUUAUGUGAACGUGUGCUGUGGGAGGAUGGAGGUCUGUCGGCAUCAGUGUCUGAGCUCUGACAAGAGGGGCUAUCAGUCAGUACUACGUUACCAACCCAUUCCUGCUUGGUACACCCACAGAGAGCAUCCCCUCAUACUGCAGAUUGCAUCUGCUAUGAACUCCCUUUCCAUGUAUGAGGACCAGAGUCCACCACAACCUCAGCAACUCAGCCUCUCCACUAGCAGGGAAAGGACUUUGUCAGAGUUGCAGUUGCCCAACGCCCCAGAGAAGGCCUCCCACACCGGCACCAUCACACCUGUGAGGCAAAGGGACACUUCUGAGCCUCCCAAAGUGGAGAAAAAAGCCCAGCAGAGGACAAGGAGUUCAUCAAGACACAUGCAGAGUUACUUUAAAGCGCCAAAGAGACUCCAGUUGAGGCUCCAACCAUCACUGCCAAAGCUAAUCGUAAGAGGAAAAGGAUUAUCGAAGAAGACUCCGGUGAAAACACUGGGUCUCCAGCGAGGAAGAGGAGGAAAAAUAACACUCUAAUGAGUUACUUCAAAGCUCCAAAGAGGCUCCAGCUGAGGCUCCGACCGGCACGGCCAAAGCUAAUCAUAAGAGGAAAAGGACUAUUGAUGAAGACACUGGUUCACCAGAGAGGAGACGCACACAGACACUAUCCACAACUUCUAACCUGGUAUUAU